GGCAGCCACGCCAACCACGUUGAUAUGAAGGAUGACCAGUGACUUCAGCUUCCAUGUUACAGACAAGGCCCGCCCCGUCGACGAGACCUCUUUGCACGUCGACCACCUCACCGAUCUCACUGUUGUGAUGGACAUAGGGUCUGAAGCCUCGGCCGCGGCCGUAGGACCGACCGACCGGGCAGGCCCCGCUGCCGGAAAUUCCCAAAUAAAGACACCGUCGCCUUCAUCCGCCUCGCGACAUUCGCCUGUAACACCCCUUGCUCCUCUUGAAUUUCUUCAAAAUCACCGUCGCGGGUCCAUUACAGACCCUUCUCUCCACGCAGCUCCUGCCAGCAACCACAGCCAAAACUUGGGCCAUUUCCCGCGCCCCCUCAGGCAGCCAGAACCAGUUUCGUCUGCUCAACCGCUUCCUACUUCUGGGUAUCGCUUCGGUGAAGCCUCUCGCGCGUCAGAUACAACUCUCCCACACUUUCGCCAGUUGCUGAGAUCGCCGUCGACUGAAGGAGAUAGUCCUAUUGAAAGAAAGCCAGAUCGCACACCAACAGGCAGUGUUGGACCUAGAGACUCCGCAGAAGAUUUCAUCAGGGAUUCCAUGGAGAUUGAGAAUCAUUCUCAACAACACGAGCAUUCGCAAAAUCGCUCAACGACCGACCACAUCGAUGUGAAUACGCGCAGACCUUCUAUUGCAGGUACUAAGCGCAAAUUGUCAUCUGAUAGGGACACCCCCAUGGCUAGUAACGGGGAGGUCGAUCCACAUCUCACUGGUCCAGGCGUCCCUAACGCAGAUUCGGAUGGUCCUGCAGCGAAACGUCGAGGUUCAACGUUUGAUACUACCCGUAUCGCACAGUUGAGCUUGGACGAGAGACGCAAUUCCGUGGACGGGCGAGCUGGUCCUCCACCUCAGUGGUGGUCGGAAAGACGAGAUUCCACGGCCUCCAUGUUCUCCGCAAACACGCCUUUGACUGGCUACAGCACGCCCUCCUCGGGGUUGCCCGGAGAUUCCCCACAUGGCCGGCCACCAACCAGCAUCGCUACUUUCGCGUGGCCUGUCAAUCCGCAUACAGAUCAAGGACAGGGCCCUCCACCCAUGCAGAGUGAGGGUGGCGUGGCUGCAACUCCUCAUUAUGAGCUGGGUAUGAUGCCCCCCGGUCCAUAUUCCUCAGACCGUCGAAUGUCCGCCCCCGUAAUAUCAAGUGAAAACAUGUCUACUCCUGCGAGCGGACCAACUCGUCUUCGGCAGCGGUCGCGACCCACUUCCCGUGCCCGAAUGAAGGACCAGUCGGCGGCUAACAACCCUCAAUCACCAGGCCCCUCUGGAUCUAACGUGAUUGCAGAGGAUGCGUCCUCACAACUGCAGGCUCCCCAAAAGGAGCCCGGCUCGACACCCUACUCUCGCUCUCCGGAGUUGCGAGUCUCGCAUAAACUUGCGGAGAGGAAGAGACGAAAAGAAAUGAAAGAGCUGUUCGAUGAGCUUCGUGACCAGUUACCUGCUGACAGAGGGAUGAAAGCGAGUAAAUGGGAGAUUCUUAGUAAAGCGGUUGACUUUAUUGCGACUUUGAAACAAAGUCAUCAGGACAUGGCGCGAGAAAUCGAAAUGCUUCGACAUGAGCUGGAUGCGGUACGUCAAGGCCUCCCGCCGUUUGGCCCCGGUGGACCACAUCCAGUGGUGUAUCCUCAUGGACCACCCGUUGGCGCACCCUAUGCACCACCUCCGGGACCUCAACCUGGACCACCCCUCUCUCAUGCGCCACCGCCAGUUCCCCCUCCUCAACACAUGUCACAACAAUCGCCUCUCUCCCGCCCUGGCUCCUCUCAUGCUCCAUACCCUCCAGGUGCAAGCCUGCCCCAGAAUGGCAACUCUAACCAGGAGAACACCACUACUUCAUAGACACGGCUCACAGGAUCUCUCACAUGUAUCGAUAUCACCCUUCCUUCUAUUUCUGUUCUUUUGUUGAGGUAUCUGAGGUGAUUAUUUCUUGUUGUAUUUCGUUUCUUGAACAGUGAAAGAUGGCUUCUGGCCUGUAAUGUUGGAUCUCAGUAUUGUGGACUGUCCUUUUACGCUGGAGUAUGGAGGAUAUUAUAUUUUGGCACAUUCGGAGCGUGGUAUUCGUUUACCGACGCACAGUAGCUAUAAGUACUGGGUACGAUGGGAUCCAAAUCGAGUUUCCUUACGAUCUUAGCCGCGCUGUGAUACAUAUGAUAUGUCUUGUACUUCGUUUUAGACUUCUUUCUACGCUAAACCUUGCUAGAUGUUCCCAAUGAUGUUCUCAUCCCAUCUCUAAAUGAAUCUCCAAGCUAGACCUUGCUAGAGACUUACUGUGUCCAUUAUUGU